AUGUUAACUUGUGAACAUUGUAAAGUUCUUUACCCAAACAGGACACUUUUGUUACGUCAUAUAAAUAGAGAUCAUAGUGAACAAAGUGAGCCAAACACAAAUGCUGAACACGACAAAACAAUCACAGGUCCUGGCAUGCAGGGUGAAUCACCAAAAUUGAAUGAUCAAGAAAUAAAACCACAAAUAAGUGAGUCUAUUAGCAAAAGUGGUACUCAAAAAAUACAGCCAAACUCAUCCUUGCAGAAGUGUGAAGUGUGCACCGAAACUUGCGCAAACAUGACGAAGCUUUGGCUUCACAUACGGAAAGAGCAUUUUAACCUCCAAGCGAAGUUGCCGUACUGCGACCAGAAAAAAGUCAACCAGUUUACCAGUGGAUCAAUGCCCACUUUAGUUUGCAAUCUAUGUGCUCAUUUAUUAAAGAAAUUCAAUAAGUUUAAGCAGCAAUGCCAAAUAGCAUAUGAUAUUUUAAAUGAAGCUGAGAAAGAGGACAGAAAAAUGCAAUUUUACACAAAAUUAGAAGUAAGAAAUCUUUACGAUCUGAGAAAGUCAGAUGUGCAAUUGGCAGAGUUUGCUAAUGAGAACAGUAUGGAAACUCUGUAUACAGAGAAUAUUAUGUUUGAUCAUGACAUUUAUGUUGAUGACGAUGAAGUCCCCUUAGUUAUGUUAAAAACAGAGCAAUUAACGACUGAAGAUAAAUUUGUAAAGAAGAAGAAAAGAAAACGACGGCACUCAGUUAAAAAUGGAGAGGCUAAAGAAAAUGAAGACAAUGUGAAAGUAGAAAAUAAUUUAACAAAUUCUCAGAGCGAAAACAAUAUAGACUCUGUCAGUAUGACAAAUGGAGAAAUUAAGGAAGAAAUUAAUGAUAUAGAAGUUGAAAUUAAAGAAGAGAAAAGUACAAAGCAGAAGACACUUAGAGAAGGUUUCACUUCUAGAAUGGUGCAGGAGACCGAUGAAUAUACUGUCAUUAAAUUAAGCAAAGAGCAGGUUCUCAAAGAAAUGGAAGAGAAAUUAAGAAGCGAAGAGUACCUAAGGUCCCUGUACAAAUGUGAGAAAUGUGCCAAGGGUUUCAACUUUGAAGACGUACUCAAGUCUCAUAUGGAGAAACAUGCUAUGAAGAAAGGCUGGCUGUUAUGUGAUUUGUGUGAGCAAUAUUGCCCAAGCAUCGUAUCACUUAGAGGACAUAUGAAAUCACAUACAACUAGGUACAAAUGCAAGGUUUGCGGGUGCGUCCGUCUGUCACGUCAAGUGUUGCUGGAACACCAUUCUAAUUGCCACACAGCAGACACUAUGAAGUAUACUUGUCAGCUAUGCGACUUCGUCACUAGUAAGAGAACUUCAAUGCAGCGCCACAUAAGGACUCGCCACCAUAAGACAGAGAAACACCCUUGCGACCAAUGCGGGAAGACUCUUAAUAGCUUAGAAGCUUUGAGGGUACAUACCACUCGUCACGAUAAAAGCAAGCGCUUUUAUCGUGACGACUGCAUGUCGCAAGUGCGACCGAUGGUUCGUCUAUCCGUCUCUGUUGCACCAGCACAAGAUGGCGGUGCACGUGAGAGACGAUUACUAUUGCGUCGAAUGCGAUGUUAAAUUCAAAUCCAGGGAAAACUUGUCUCUGCACUUCAAGAGAAAUAAGAGGCAUCGAGAUGUUUCUACGUUUAGCGCAAGAGUGCCUUACGCGCGCAUUUGCGAACGUACGCGAACGAACGUCCAUUCGCCUGCGAAUGCGGCGAUACAUUCGCGCAAGAAACCACUCUCGCCGCGCUCGAACAAACUAAGUAACAUGAGG